UAAAAAGAACAUCGUUCACACCCGAUUUUUCAAAAAAAAAACAAAAGUGCAAAAAAUUGCAAAAGUCCUCUUCAGCUUGCAAUCUCCAUCUCCAUCUCCCUCUCUCUCUCUCUCUCUCACGAGAUACACAGAGAGAGCUCAACGCACACCCAAUCCCGCGUCCUCCCUCUCUUGAAGAAGGUUUCUUCUCUUUGCGCGUGUCCCGUUCCCUUCUCCAAUCCUCCGCACUAUCCCGAAUCCGUAAUUUCCUCGAAUACCCCAAUUCCAUACACAAUACAAUAUCUCUCCGAGAAAUCGUGAUGGAGGUCAAGCUAUGGAAUGACAAGCGCGAAAGAGAGAUGUACGAGAAUUUCGCCGAGCUGUAUGCUAUCAUCCGAGCCACCGAGAAGCUGGAGAAGGCGUAUAUCCGCGACACCAUCUCGCCUUCCGAGUACGAGACCAAUUGCCAGAAGCUCAUCGCACAUUUCAAGACCCUAUCCUCCACGCUAAAGGACACGAUCCCCAGCAUCGAGCGCUUCGCAGACACGUACAAGAUGGACUGCCCAGCUGCCAUCAAUAGGCUGGUGGUCUCGGGAGUUCCUGCCACAGUGGAGCACCGUGCCGCCGCAGCUGCAAGCACUACCACGUCGGCCGCCAUUGUUGCAGAGUGCGUGCAGAACUUCAUCACGGCGAUGGACUCGUUGAAGUUGAACAUGGUGGCGGUGGAUCAGGUCCAUCCUUUGUUGUCAGAUCUCUCAACCUCGCUCAACAAGCUGACGAUAUUGCCGCCGGACUUUGAGGGGAAGAUGAAGAUGAAGGAGUGGAUUUUGAGGCUUUCCAAGAUGGGGGCAGCAGACGAGUUGACAGAGCAGCAGUCUCGGCAGCUCCACUUUGAUCUGGAGUCGGCAUACAAUUCAUUCAUGGCAGCAUUGCCUAAUGCCGGUACCUGAGUGUGCUUUACUAGGUUUGUCAACCAAAUUGAUUUUGGUUUUUGCCUCUCUAUUUGUGGGUGGUCUUUGGUAGAUAAUUCUUCAUAUUGUCGCUGUUAUGUGAUUGGAUCGAAUUGGAGCUUGAAAGGGUUGUUGAUUCUGCGAUUGUGUGCCUUUUGAGAGUAAUGGUAUUUUGAUUUAACAACUGUAAGAACGAGAAUUUGGCCUUAUAAAGAUUGGAUCUGUCCUUUAUAUUC